AUGUGUGUAUAUAUGUGUGUCUCUACAUAUAGUCAUCAAGAUUGAAGCUUUCUGCGGAAAUCAGAUACCCAAUUGGCCAAAAUAACCAGAAACAACUUUCUCCGACAGAAGCUCGAAGAAUUCAUGGCUCUCAACAGAAGCUAUCUUCGAAUAAUCUUCGAGAAGCUCGACAAGAACCGCGACGGUCUGGUGACCAUUGACGAGCUUCAAUGGCUUCUCGAGAGGCUCGGGUUCGUGGAACAAACUGCAGAGGAGCUCCAACUGAUCGUUGGAAAACAGAGCCUCGAUCUUGACGAGUUCUCGCUGUUCUACGACGCCGUUUCGAAGGACGGUGAUGACGACAUCGUGAGGGCUUUCGACGUGUUCGACCUGAACGGAGAUGGGUAUAUUUCGUCGGAGGAGCUUCGGAUCGUGUUGGACCGUCUCGGGCUUUGGGACGAGUCGAAGGCAGAUGAUUGCGGGAGAAUGACUCGAGUCCAUGAUAGGAAUCUCGACGGUCUGAUCGAUUUUGAAGAAUUCAAGAACAUGAUCUUACAUGUCCAGUAAUAUAUAUAUAUAUGUAUGUAUGUAAAUAUAUAUCCAAAAUUCCAAAUGUAUAUACAUGUGUGAAAUGGCUG